AUGACUGAUAUGACCACUUGGCGUGGCCCGGUCCGGGACCUGGCCGCCCAGCCCGAGCCGAAGGAGCCGAAGGAGCCGAAGGAGCCGAAGGCGUCGCGGCUGCUCUUCCUGGACGUGGAUGGCGUGCUGCACCCCCUCCAGGUGCGGAUGGGCGAGGGCAAGGUGGACACCUCCCACUGCUUCGCUGCACCAUGCAUGGCGCAGCUGCGGCGGGUCGUGGCGGAAACCCAGGCGGAGCUGGUCAUCAGCUCCUCUUGGCGCCGGUUUGAGACUGCUCGGGAAGUGUUGGCUGAGACCCUGGCGCAGUAUGGCCUGGCUGUCAGCGACUGGACGACCACAGCCGGUGGCGAGACCAACAAUGCCCGCGUGGACCAGAUCUUGGCAUAUGUGAUGGCUAGCCAGGCCUGCACAUGGGCAGCCGUUGACGACGAGGAUCUUGCACCCGGUGGCGCUGCUGGGUCUGAGAGCAUGAUGCAGUCCCUCUUUCGCCAGCAUUUUGUACGCACCGACUCAUCCAGAGGCUUGGACGCUGCAGCCGCCGAGACCCUCAUCGAGCUGCUUCUCUCCGACUCAUGA